AUCAGCGAGCGAGACGUGUGUCGCAUCGUUAUCGUGACAACUGUGCGUUCGCAGUUCUAACAGUCGACGAAAAUAAAUAAUACUGCUGUAUGUAAUUGUUUUGAUUUCAUUAUAGCUAUUUGUGCGUUGAAAUUUUGAUAAUGAUGAUGGAGUAAUUAUAUGGAGCGUUAAAGCUUGUUUUAAAUAGACUAAAUAAACAACAGUGCUGUGUUUUCGUUCGGCGUUGGGGCGAUAUCGAAGAGAAGGGAAUUCAACAGCUGUCUGUGCAUAGUAUGCUUCAUAUUGUAACUGCCUGCUGCUGUGAAGUUCCUCGCCGGUUAUGGGGCAGCGGUCGACUUCAACAAUACAGAACACAGCUAACCAUAAAUAAUGCGGCACUCUAAGCCGAACCUCUCAUGACCUUUGCCUACUGAAAGAAAAACGUCGACGUUUGAAAGUGGAACGCAACAAAACAUUAGUGCAGCAGAGUGCCCGAGCUGAAGGAAGCUAGUGUUGUGCUAAGUUCGCGAAUGAUAACGUUAUCGUGUUUUAAAUCCAUUGCGUCUGUUUUCGUUAACCGAUAGCGGCGCUGAUAAAGUCUUGUCGAGUUUUCAUUUAUCGUCACAUCGUUGACGGUCGUGGAUCUACCGAGACGUGUUAAAAUAGUGCUGGUGUACGACUGAUAUCGUUUCGCUCGCCAAUGUUUAAAAACAUACCGACCGUUAGCCAAGUGUGUUCGUAUACAGGUCGAGCGAGCGUACCUACGUUGUGUGUGACAUUAUUGAAGUUUGAAUAGUGUGUGUUGUAAAAAUGCGUGGUUUGUGGUCUCACUUGGCUGCGCUGGGGUGGGUGGUGUCGCUAGUGGGGUGCCACACACCCGGCAGCGAGCUGGAGUCCGUGCGGUACGGGCCCACGGACGACCGGUUCAUCAGUGACACGUACACAGUCGCGAACAUUAACAUUACGUACAGAGACGAACAUGGGGAGGUAUACACGGAAACAUCAGAGGAUCCAAGACAGUUGUUCAUGUCCCUUCGACGUGCCGGACUUCAUAGUUCCGGUGUUUUUCUGUCCGGUAAAUAUGGAGAGGGCUACAUCGGAUCUUCGCGAGGGAUUGCAGUCCACGUGAGGUCUAAAGAUGCGGAGAAAGACCACACUGGUUGUCAAUGGCCACUGCUAUCCACAGCGGCACCCAAUGAUCCUCUACCUUCAGAACCUUGGAUCGCUGUCAUUAGAAGAGGCAGCUGCAAUUUCGAAAUCAAGGUGCAGAACGCAUGGCGUGCGAACGCGACCGCGGUCCUCAUAUACAACGACCGGGACACAACCAACUUGGAGAAAAUGAAGCUGUCCACUGAUAAUGGACGCAACAUAAGUGCGGUGUUCACAUAUAAAUGGAAGGGCGAGGAGAUAGCGCGGCUGGUGGACAACGGGACGCGAGUCACCAUCGGUAUCAUCAAGGGCAGGACCUUCGCACACGUCAGCAACAAUAUCAACAAGACAUCUGUGCUAUUCGUGUCGAUAUCAUUCAUCGUGCUGAUGGUGAUCUCGCUCGCGUGGCUCGUCUUCUACUACAUACAACGCUUCAGAUACAUACACGCCAAAGACAGACUCUCUAAACGUCUAUGCUGUGCGGCAAAGAAAGCACUAUCAAAAAUACCUCUUAAGAGUUUAAAGACUGAUGAUAGGGAAGUUCAAGGUGACGGCGAGUGCUGCGCCAUCUGUAUAGAACCUUACAAAGUGUCUGAAACACUAAGAUCUCUUCCUUGUAGACACGACUUCCACAAGAACUGCAUAGAUCCGUGGUUAUUGGAGCACCGCACGUGUCCUAUGUGCAAGAUGGACAUACUCAAGUACUACGGCUUUGUGUUCACAGGCAGUCAGGAGAGCAUCCUCCAGCUGGAAGUAGAGGAGGCUCGCAGCCGCGCGCUGUCCCCCGCCCGCAACCGACACCCACUCACACUCGUAAAUUUGACGAGCGAUAAUUCGUACGAGGAGGCUGGCAGUGAGCGCAGUAGUCGCGCGUCGUCGCCCGACGAGCUCGUACCGUCGCUGCCGCGGCCGUGUGACACGCCGCGUCAUCAUCUCGCUUCCAGGUCGUGCACAUCGUCCCCGUCGGGGUCGCAGCGCGCGGAGAGCUCGCGGCAGGACGCGGCCACCACCAGCUCCGUGCAGGAGUGAGCUCCACAGUGCCAAGUGUAAUGAGUAGUGCCACUCAGUGAGACUAUGUGUUCAUAUUCCUAAAUACUCAACUAUAAGACAAACCUCCAGUGAUCAAGACACUCGUUGAACGGUGGAAGACAAGUGAUAUUUUUCGUAAUUAAGGACAUAUAGCAUACUUCGAUAUUCACCGCGACUCCGCCUAGUCAACGAAAUAAGUGUUCUUCCUUACGCUUGUGAACUAUGAACUGAACUAUGAACCUUUUGUAAAAAUAAAACAACAAAAAAAAUACCUUUUUCUAUGAAAUAUGUAUUUGAAAUCAAUCAAAUGUUCGUCGUACUUAUAAUUAAUUGUUUUUGAUUGGUUCGUGAUCUCAUAAGUUAAUUGUAUCCUGUGUUAUUCUGUAUUCUGGUGUAACAUAACAUUCGUGUCACUAAUAAAUAUAGCUGUGGUUAGUUGUGGUGGCCCUUCGUUUGUAACUAGAACCUGUUUGGGAUUAAGGGUAUCCGUCCAUAUGAUAAUAACUAACAAGAUAACAGUAAUGCCUCGUCUUAUGACUGUAGUCAUCGCUUGUAUAUGUAUUAAAACGAAACAUUGUAUGUACAUUGUACCCGCUCUACUAGACGUCUAUCCAUCUAAAGGCUGCUUAUUUAGUUUGCAGUCAUAAUCAAGGUGUAGUUUUCUACAUUCAGUCAGCCAUAUGAAUGAUUGUAAGCUUCUAUUCAGUAAUUGUUAUGUCGAAAGACUUUGAUGUGAAAAUGGGGCCAUGUCGCAACUGAAUUCAUUCUACGUAUGUAUGUUUUAGCGGAUGUGCAUAAAGAACCUUAUAUCUUUCGUGUACCUACUUCCCAAUGGUGCAAUGUUAGUGAAAACUUUGUUAACAAUACAUUAAACACUAAUUUCGUGACUUGAAAUAUGUAGUUAAUAAAAUCUAGUCUGAAGAUGAUGUCGCUUUUAAAUUCAGUUGUAAAAUAAAUAGUUUGAUGAUAUAAGUUCCGAGGCUAAGGUAUUGAAAUAUGAAUUUUUGUGUUAUUCAAUUUUGAACCUUUUGUUCUGCUUGUUUUAUACCAGCCUCGUAUAAGAGAUAGGUCCGAUAAAGCAUAUUUUGCGAUAGCGGCAACAAUUUCUCUUGAAUCAAAAGUGUUUGUGUUCACAAAAACUGUAUUUAAAAGCGACUUAAUGCUUUCAAACUGUGUCUAUCUUAAUAAUAUGUUAAUUUAAGUUAUUUUAAGUGAGCAUUUAAGUUAUUAUAUACGAAAAUAGACAAAAAGGUACUUAAAUCCAUUGGAUUUUAUAUAAACAAGGAGACUGGUAUGUACUUUUUAAUAACCGAUAAUUAAUAAAUGUGUAAAAAUGUUUACAUUCCCAUUCUUGUUCAAUUCGAAUGUUGCUCGUAUAUCGACGUGCGAACAUAAUAUAUGUGUUGAAAUAAAAACCAAUACAGUAUUGA